AUGACGUUCGCCACUGAAGAAGGAUUGGGGCAGGUUCCAAGCUCAUUCGGACUAUGGAGUGCCAUCAGCCUGGGCUGGCUGAGUCUCAACGCGUUCGGUGGGAUGUCCUUUAUUUUGUUUGUGGGCCUCUCGGCCGGCGGGCUUCCUGCGAUUCUAUACGGCUUCCUCGGCUCGGGUAUUGCAAUGACCCUCCUCGUCAUGACCCUGGCGCAAUGCGCAGCAAGGUUCUCAACAGCUGGCGGUGCAUACCACUACUCCUGCUUCCUCACCCCGCCCAAAUAUCGACGACAGGUGGCCUACCCGCUCGGCUGGCUCAAUUAUCUCGGCUUAGUCUUUACGCACGCAGCGUGCUGUGCGAUUGUUGCAACUUCCACGCUCGGCCUAGUCAACCUGUGCCAACCUGAUUUCGACGUGACGACCCGAUGGCGUCUGUUUCUCGUCUAUCUGGCUGUUGUGGGGAUCUGCUGGAUACUUAACCUGCGGGGUCUCAAGAGUAUUCCUGCGCUGGAGCUCCUUGGAUGCUACGUUACCAUUAUCGCUUUUGUGGCAUAUACAAUCCUCCUCCUGGUCAAGGCACCCAAGGCGUCUGCACGCUCUGUCUUUGUGACACCGACCAAUGAGACCGGAUACGCAUCGACAUCGUUUUCAAUCGUGCUCGGACUAUUCACCAGCUUUUCCACGCUAAUGUCCUGCGAAGCAGCAUGCCACCUUGCGGAGGAGCUUCCAACGCCCAAGCGAUCUCUGCCUCGAAUCUUGAUUACCGUCAUUGUCUCCCAGGUCAUCGUCGGUGUGGUCUGGAUCCUUGUCUUGGGGUUCUCGAUUACGGAUUUGGAUGCGGUCUUGAGGACGCGCACGGGCAUCCCAGUGCUUGAACUCAUCAGGCUAGCAACCAGCAGCAAUGCGGCUGCCAUGUGCUUUGCCGUUGUUCUUAUCAUCAACAACGGCACGUCUGCGCUUGCGAGCGCCGUCGCGAUGAGCAGGCAGGGACUCAUCGAACGCUCCUCGGCGACCGAGAUCCCAAUGUGGUCCAUCAACCUCCCGUCGGUCCUGGUCGCUCUUAUCGGCCUAGUCUACCUCUUUUCCGACGCUGCCUUCAAUGCGAUUAUAGGCGGCCAGGGCGUCUGCAUGAUCAUCAGCUUUGCUUUCCCAGCCCUCACCCUCCUCGUCACUCGCGGACGGCUCCUACCGAGCAGCCCCCGAUGGAACCUGGGUCUCUUCGCAACCCCAAUCUACGUAUUUGUCGUUGGAUACGCGCUUCUGGUUAUUGUUGUUGCGUUGCUCCCGCAGAAACACCCAAUCACCGCCCUUAACAUGAACUAUACAAUCCUCAUCCUCGGCGCGCUACUGCUCGCCAUGGCGCUGUCGUGGUUCGUCGAAGGGCGGAGCUCGUAUGCGCCGCCGCUCGACACCGAGUAUGUACCCACGACGACAACCGUCAUCGAGGGUAACGCUCUUCCUGUCGGUGACGAGGAGCCAGCUGUGGAUGAUGCCAAGGGUGUCUCGGUGAAGGAUGUGAAGCAGACUAUCAGUGUGUAG